AUGGGCAAGACCAAGUCUACCACCAAGGGCAGCAAGGCCGCUGACCCUCUCACCAAGGUGAAGAACGCCGGCGUCUCUAAGGCUUCUGAGAGCCCCAAGGCCAAGUCCAAGGCCAUCGCCAAGGACCUCGCCACCAAGGAGAAGAAGAAGGCCAAGAAGGUCGUCGAGCCUGAGUCCGAGUCUGAGUCUUCCGACAGCAGCGAGUCCGAGGAGGAGGAGGAGUCAGACUCUUCCGACUCUUCCGACUCUGAGGAGGAGAAGCCCGCCGCCAAGAAGGCCGCUCCCAAGGCCGCUGCCAAGAAGGCUGCCGAGUCCUCCGACAGCGAGUCUGAGGCUUCCGACUCUGACUCCGACUCGUCCGAGUCUGAGGAGGAGGCUCCCAAGGCCAAGGCCAAGGCCAACGGUGUCGCUAAGACCAACGGCGCCGCCAAGAAGGACGAGUCUUCCGACAGCGACUCCAGCGAGGAGGACUCUGACGACUCCGAGGACGAGAAGACCGACAAGAAGGCUGAGAAGAAGGCCGAGUCUUCCGACUCUGACUCUGACUCUUCCGACUCCGAUGAGGAGGAGGACUCCUCCGACUCUAAGGAAGCCUCGGAGGCUGAGACCAAGACCGAGGAGCCCUCCAAGAAGCGCAAGGCCCUGGACGACCCCGUCAUCCCCGGCAAGAAGGCCCGCACCGACAUCUCUGACAAGAGCUCUACCCUCUUCGUUGGCUCCCUUGCCUGGGCUGUCGAUGACAACACCCUCUACGAGGCCUUCCAGGAGUUCCCCGACCUGACCGGUGCCCGCGUCGUCACCGACAAGCAGACCGGCCGCAGCCGUGGCUUCGGCUACGUCGACUUCGGCAACCCUGAGGCUGCUGCCGCUGCCCUCGAGGCCUCCCAAGGAAAGGACCUCGCUGGCCGCGCCAUGAACAUUGACUUCUCUGGCCAGAAGCCCGCCGGUGACGGCAACCACCAGGCUCGUGCCCAGGACCGCGCCCAGAAGCACGGUGACACCGUUAGCCCCGAGUCCGAGACUCUGUUCGUCGGUAAUCUGCCUUUCGACACCGACCAGGACACUGUCCACGCUUUCUUCAGCGAGGUUGCCGAGGUUGCCAGCGUUCGCCUGCCUACCGACCCUGACAGCGGCAACCUGAAGGGUUUCGGCUACGUCUCUUUCAACAGCAUCGAGGACGCCAAGUCCGCCUUCUCUCAGCUCAACGGUCAGUACCUCGGUGAGGGCCGUAGCGGCCGUGCCGUCCGUCUGGACUAUGCUGGCCAGAAGCCUAACCGUGACGGUGGUGGCCGUGGUGGUGGCCGCGGUGGCUUCGGAGGCCGUGGCGGCGGUCGUGGUGGUGGCCGUGGUAACUUCGGUGGACGUGGCGGUGGUCGCGGCGGUGGCCGUGGUGGAUUCUCCUCCACCAACCGUGGUGGCUUCGGUGACUUCAAGGGCUCCAAGAUCACCUUCUAA